UUUUCUUCUUCUUCUUCAUCUUCUCAUGUUAUCUCCAUCUCUCUCCCUCUCUCCUGCAACUAAACCAUCUUUUAACAUUCCAUUGAUUAUUAGUGGUCUCUUCGAUAAUCAAUGUCAGGUCUCUAUAAUCCUAACUUCUCACCUGCAAGACCUGUUUCUCCUCAGAUUAGAAGUACCCCAGAUGUCGACAGUAAUCACUACUUGUCGGAGCUGUUGGGAGAGCAUCAGAAGAUUGCACCCUUCAUGCAGGUCCUUCCGGUAUGUAGCAGACUCUUGAAUCAAGAGAUUUUACGGGUGUCAGGGAUGAUGCCUAAUCAAGGUUUUGGUGAACUUGAUAGAUUGAGGCAUAGAAGCCCCAGUCCCAUGGCUUCUUCGAACCUUAUGUCAAAUGUUUCAGGGACAGGAUUAGGUGGCUGGAAUGGCCUUCCUCAGGAGAGAUUAAGUGGACCCCCUGGGAUGACGAUGGACUGGCAAGGGGCGCCUGCAAGUCCUAGUUCAUACACAGUGAAGAGGAUUUUGCGCUUAGAAAUUCCAGUGGAUACUUAUCCAAAUUUCAAUUUUGUUGGGCGACUUCUAGGCCCUAGGGGCAAUUCACUAAAACGGGUGGAAGCUACUACAGGAUGCCGUGUAUACAUUAGGGGAAAGGGAUCAAUAAAGGACCCAGACAAGGAAGAGAAGCUACGAGGAAGACCAGGAUAUGAACACCUUAAUGAGCCACUCCAUAUCUUGAUUGAGGGUGAUUUACCAGCCAAUAUUGUUGAUAUAAGGCUAAGACAGGCACAGGAGAUCAUCGAAGAACUGCUCAAACCAGUGGAUGAGUCACAGGAUUUUAUUAAGCGACAGCAGUUGCGUGAGCUAGCUAUGCUAAAUUCCAAUUUCAGAGAAGAGAGUCCUGGGCCGAGUGGUAGUGUCUCGCCUUUCAACACUAGUGGAAUGAAACGUCCAAAAACUGGGCGAUAAGGCCUCAUAUCUCUUGCUGUUCAAAAUGGUCUUUAUUCUUUGCUUCAUGGAGUCAUGCUUGAGUAUACAUAUCCUAUUAUUAUAUGUCAAUUCUGCAUGGUUACCAAAAAAGGGAAAAAGGCUAACAGUCUUUGGUGGUGAGUUUUCGGGUUGGGUUUUCUUUUUAUUUUGCUUUCAUUUUUGAACAGAAAUCAACAAAGGAAAACACAAAACGAAACAAAGGAAAAGGUUUUCUUAUAUAUGGUUGGGUGUUGGAUUUAGGUUUGGUGAUAUCAGUUCUUGUAAACAUUAUCCAUUGAAUUUAUUCUUGUGUUAGUAGGCUUGUCUAGCGUGGAAUAUGUUGUUAGUAAUGUAGCAUAGGGCCUAAAGCAAAGGGAUUGAAUUUUGUAGGUGUAUGGUGUUACAUGAUUUGUGACCUGGAUUUGGAUCGAUUGAUUUGAAUAUACCAAGGCAUUUGGGUAUA